AUGUCAAGAUUUCUUACUUUUGCUCUAGAUUUUGUUGAGAAUUCAAAGAUGCAGCCCAUCUUCCAAGCGAUCCAACGAAACGACAUUCCAGCUUUUGUGGGUUUGGUGGAAGAGAGAGAAUCGUGGCUGGAGGAGAGAAGCGAGGAACAACACAGCAACACGGUGUUGCACACGGCUGCGAAGCACGGACAUGGAGAACUCGUCUCCAAGAUUAUUGAGCUCCGACCUUCUCUCCUCUAUUCCCGCAACGCAUACGGAAACACACCUCUGCACCUCGCUGCUCUCCUUGGAGACGUAAACAUAGUCAUGACGAUGUUAGAGUUUGGACUCGAAACCUGUUCCGCACGCAACAACAGCAACCAAACACCCCUCCACUUAGCUUGCCGCAGCAUUUCCAUGGAGGCUGCUAGACUCGUUGCGGAAAAGACUCAUUCAAUCGGCCUCGAUGAACUCAAAUUCGCCAUAUCAAGUAUUGCAGAGAUUAUACUGGAGAGAUUCCCAGACCUUGCUAGGGAAGAAGCUUGGGUGGUCGAAGGCGGCUCGCCAUCGACGCUACUGCAUCACGCGUGUGAUAUAGGAGACCAUGAACUCACAAGUGUAUUGUUAGGUCUCGAUCAAAGACUAGAAGAAGCUCUUAACAACAAAGGUUUAUCACCUUUGCAUGUGGCGGUCCUCAGAGGCUCGGUUGUAAUCCUGGAGGAGUUCCUGGAAAAGGCUCCAUUGUCUUUCGGCUCUCUCACGCCGUCAAAAGAGACUGUCUUUCACCUCGCUGCACGAAACAAACACAUAAAUGCUUUUAUUUUCAUGGCAGAGAGUGUGGGGAUCAACAGCCAAAUCCUUCUCCGGCAAACAGAUGUAAAUGGCAACACUGUCUUACAUGUCGCUGCCUCCAUGGUUUGUGGUGCUCCGCUGAUACGCUACAUUGUUGGCAAGAAGAUAGUGGAUAUCAACUAUAGGAACAAGAUGGGUUUUGCAGCUUACCAGCUGCUCCCUCAAGAAGCCGAAGACUUUGAGUUGAUAUCAAACUGGCUGAGGUUGGAUACCGAGCCGGAUUCUGAUCAGAAGAGUGAAGAACACGAUAUCCAAACUAAUCGAUUCCACAAACGAUCACUGGAACGCGUUAAAUCUUUAGAGAUCUCCGAAAGCUCUAAAGAGAGCGAGGUAAUAAGGUUGCUUAGGCUAAUCGAAACAAGCACAUCAGAGAUGGCACAGAUAAAGCGAAGCAAGCAAGGGGCAGUGGAAAGAGGUCGCAAGAGCUUGGAGCAUGAGAUGCAUUUAGAAGCAUUGCAAAAUGCAAGAAAUACCAUCGCCAUAGUCGCAGUCCUCAUUGCUUCAGUUUCUUAUGCCGGUGGGAUAAACCCUCCGGGAGGCGUCUACGAAGAUGGGCCAUGGAGAGGGACAUCGAUCGCAGGCAGAACGACAGCGUUUAAAGUCUUUGCAAUAUGCAACAACAUCGCACUCUUCACUUCCCUCUGCAUCGUUAUUCUUCUCGUUAGCAUCAUACCUUACAAGAGGAAACCCUUGAAGAGUUUACUGGUGGCCACGCACAGGAUGAUGUGGGUUUCUGUGGGGUUCAUGGCAACGGCUUAUGUUGCGGCGUCUUGGGUGACCAUACCGCAUUUCCACGGAACAAGAUGGUUGUUUCCGGCCAUUGUCUCCGUGGGUGGUGGAUCGUUGACGGUUCUCUUUUCCUAUCUCGGAGUUGAGACCAUUGCUCAUUGGUUUAAGAAGAUGAAUCGUGUAGGAGAUAUACCUGUUGAUUUGAUUAAAAGCAAGCGUCUAAAUAAAAGUGAAGGAGACAAGCCUUCCUUGGCAAGGACCAUCUCAGAUUUGGCCGUCUCCGGAAAAUCAGGCUAUUUCACCUAUUGA